AUGGGCAAGCAAAAGACCCAACGCCGCAACAAGAAUCGCUCAAAUCCUAUCGGUGCGCGUGUCAAUGCCGGUCUUCAACAAGGCAUUGCUCAACAGUCUCCUCAGCCUGAGCAGAUCCUUCCUGUCGUUCAAAAGUUGAGCUCUCCCGAUGCUGGUGAACGUGCAUGGGCAGCUGCAUGCGUUUCCAACUUGAUCAUGGCAGGUGCCUCAGUCCGUAAACUCUUGUUGUCCAAAGGUGUUAUUCCCCUACUCCUGGAAAGGUUGACAGAUGGUCACCAGGAGGUACUUGAAGAGUCCUUGGGUGCUUUGAGAAAUCUCGUGGCCGUCGAUCCUUCGGUUGCUAGGGAAUACUAUACACGUGACAUCCUCACCCCUCUUGCUGCAUUGUUGCCCAAGAUCACACAAACGCUUGAUCAAGUGCUUACGGAUGCCCCUAUUGUCGAUGAAGAAGAUAAAGGACGUCGUCGCACGAUUUGGGAUACGGCAGAGAACUUUAUUUAUAUCAUCUGGAGUAUCAGCGAGUCAUCCGAUAAGCAUAUCAAGGCUGUGAAUCGUCUCAACAUCAUCGCCUUUUUGAUUUCCUUCUUGUCUUCAGCGGAUCGCAUCCCUACACGUGUCGUUAUUGCUGCUGGCCAAUGCUUGACCACCUUGACUGACAACAACAAGGAUAUCUACAUUGAAUUCCAAAACAACUCCAACUAUAUCAAGAUGCUUUACGAUAUCAUUUCCAAAUUCCAGGAUCCCAACAUGAUCCUCGUUCGUGUGUUGGCUUGUGCUAUUCUUGUCAACAUUCGUGAUGCCGUUCAAGUCGCAGAGUUUUGGGAUGAAGGUCAGGAUGGUGCUAGUGAGUUGAACAAGUUGAUCUUGCCAGUACUCGUUGCAUCGUUGAACUAUGAUAUUCAAGAAGCUGCUACAAAGACCACCGCGGCUGUAACAAGUGGAAAUGUUGCCAAGCAUGAAGAAACGGGUGAAAUCACUCCUCGUCCUAAACAACCUUUGUCCGACGAAGAGCAUUACAUCCAAAGCGUUGAGGAACGUUUAUCCACCCUUCAACUCUCACUCGAAUUACUUGCUGAUAUUUGUGUUCAGGAUGACUCUGAAGAGGAUGGAUGGGAAGACGCUGAUGAGGAUAUGGUUGACGAGGAUGAGCCUGAGGAAGAAGUGAACGAGGACAAUGUCGAUGAAUAUUUGAAAGAAGCCUCUCAACUUGAUCAACAAUCAUCCACCAAUGCCACUGUCGAUGAUCAACUUGUGCGCACCAACCCUGUACUCCGAACUUUUAUUGUCGACAUUUCACCACAGCUUAUUCGCCUUGCCACCCCUACACCACUUUCCUUCCCUGCAGAAAUCAUUGCACCCACUGUGACGGAUGCUCUUGUGUUGACCCAUCAGCGCGCGCUCGAAUGUUUCAACAACUUUUUACUUGCCAUGGCCGAGAUUCCAUCCAAGUUUUGGUUCAAGGAACACAAGGCAGAUGCAUGCCAUGCUUGGCGUUGGCUCUUUAACCUUGCCAAUACAGUCGCAUCCGCACCUGCAAGCGAAAUGAGAGAUGAGGUCGUCGAAGUCAUUGUUGGAUGCUUGUGGUCAUUAGGCCGUGGUUUACAACAGGAUAUUCCACUGGAAGCCUCGGAUGUUACAUCUCUAUUUGGUGCUUACCAUGCAACCAACUCAGUAUCAAUGCGGGUGAAAAUUGUCGGAUGCCUUGGUCCUAUUGCCAUGAGACAAGGUGCUAUUGAUGUGAACAAGGAAAUUGGUGUCUUUUUCAUGCGAGUCCUUGAUAAUGUUAGUAGCCGUCAAACCGCACCUGCUGUUGCUGUGGAAACGCUCAACUGCAUCUACGAUGUCUACAGCGAUUGUGCUUUUGACUAUGAUGAACCUGUGUUUGUUCGAGGUGGAUUCUUGCCCUUGCUGAAAAAGGUGGUUCCUAGCAUCCGUUCUAUGGUCAAAUCAGUGGAUCGGAGACGUGAAUUUGAUUUACGGUCAAGAAGCGAUGAAGCAUUGAUGAAUCUUAUUGCAUUCAACAAGUAUAAGGCCAAUGAGAGACGCCAGUAA